AUGACUUUCAACGAGCUCGUUCGAGAUACCUGGGCAUGGCACGUCAUUCGAGCAGUCACCAGGGCCAGACACCCGGCGUUCCAAUACUUUGACGAGAGAUAUCCUUUGAUCCGUCAGCGAUACACGGAAAGCGGCUAUGAUCGUUCAAACUCGGGACUCUCGUACGCUUCAAGACACACUCAGGUCCGAGAAUUCUCACUAGACUCGGAGAAAGCAGACAGCGACUUGCCCAACAACCAGACAAUCAGCCGCACGACGUGGGAAAAGUAUGGCAUCGAGAACAGAAAGGGUCUCCAUCUCGUCGAGUUCUUGCCAAAUGACCCAGAGAACCCAAGAAACUGGUCCGUCUUGAAAAAGGCCAUCGUCAGCUUCCACAUCUGCCUCCUCGUCAUCGCCGUCUACGCCGGCGCAUCAAUCUACACCGUCGGCACCCACGGCGUCCGCCAGCAAUUCGGCGUCUCGGAAGUCGUCGCCCUCCUAGGCCUGACAGUCUUUGUCCUAGGCUACGGUCUCGGACCAAUGGUCUGGAGCCCCCUCUCCGAAAUCCCCCAAAUCGGCCGCAACCAAAUCUACAUACCCGCCCUCACAAUCUUCGGCCUCGCCCAGAUCCCCAUCGCCCUCGCCACCUCCAUCGGCAUGCUCCUCGGCUUCCGCUUCCUCGCAGGCUUCUUCGGCUCCCCCGUCCUCGGCUCCGCGGGCGGGACCCUCAACGACAUGUUCGCCUCCCGCAAACACACCUACGCAAUGGCCUCAUUCUGCCUCAUCGGCAUCAGCGGUCCCACCCUAGGGCCCAUCGUCGGCGGCUUCGCCGUCGAGCUGAAAGGCUGGGCCUGGUCCGCCUGGAUCGUGUCUUGGUUAGCGGCCUGGAUUCUGGUGGUGCUCAUCUUCUUGCUGCCCGAGACGAGCGCGGAUAACAUUCUUUAUCGGAGGGCCAUGCGUCUGCGGAAAGUCACGGGAGACUCAGGCUUCGUCUGCGAAGCGCAGCUACGCGCAGAUUACACCGCCGGCAGCGAGAUCUUCAAAGCCCACCUCGUACGCCCCUUCACCCUCGUCCUCACCGAGCCAGCCGUCUUCUUCCUGAACCUCUACAGCGCAUUCGCCUACGGGCUCAUGUACAUCUGGUUCGAGGCCCUCCCGCAAGCCUACGGCGAGGUAUACCACUUCGGCACAGGAAAGCAAAGCAUCGCGCUCCUAGGACUCAUCGUAGGCGUCCUCCUCACGAUCCCGCCCUUCUUUUUUUAUUAUCGCAAACGCAUCGAGCCGCAGUUCGACCGCGAGGGAAACAUUGAGCCAGAGAAGCACCUCCACCCAGCCAUGGUCGGGUGUCUCUUUAUCCCUGCCAGUUUAGUCUGGUUCGGGUGGACGGCGCGGCCCGAGAUAAGUUACCUCGUGCCCAUUGUCGGCUCCUCGCUUUUUACGGCGGGUGGGUUGUUGCUGUAUAUCUCGAUUCUGAAUUACCUCGCCGAGUCGUACCCUGACCACGUCAGUUCUGUUUUGGCGGGGAAUGAGCUGUUUAACGCCAUGUGCGGUGCUACGUUCCCGUUGUUUAUACCGCCCAUGUAUUACCGGUUUGACGUUCUCGGGUCGAGCAUGAUUUUGGCUAUUUUUGCGGUUGCGUUUGUGCCGUUGCCGUAUAUUUUGUACAUGAGAGGAGCGAAGCUUAGGAAGCAGAGCAAUUAUGCGAGAAAAGGCAUGUGA